CAGCUAAUAUCCACACUGAAAGAUUUUGGCUGGUGGUUAAGGAGGAUGGACACAUGGUCAAUGCCCGGCAGGAGCCUCGCAUGGUGCUGAUCUCCCUGACCUGUGAUAGCGAUUCUCUGACGCUGAGUGCCGCGUACACCCAGGAUCUAGUCCUGCCCACCAAGGUGCCCGCCACAAACCCAGUGCUCAGCUGCAGAGUGCACGGCAUGGAAAUCGAAGGCAGGGACUGUGGCGAUGCGGCUGCCCAGUGGAUCAGCAGUUUCCUGAAGACGGAGCCCUAUCGGCUGGUCCAGUUCGAGCCACACAUGCGUCCAAGGAACUCACACCAAAUAAAACACGUCUUCUGCCCGACCGAUCAGAUUGCUUACACCGAUGCCAGCCCUUACAUGCUCCUCUCGGAAGCGUCCCUGGCGGAUCUCAACUCCAGGCUGGAGAAGAAAGUCAAAACGAGCAACUUUAGGCCCAACAUCGUUGUUUCAGGAUGUAAGGUCUUCGAGGAGGAUUCUUGGAGCGAGCUCCUCAUCGGGGAUGUGAAAUUGAAAAGGGUCAUGGCUUGUGGAAGGUGCGUCUUAACCACGGUAGACCCCGACUCUGGAGUCAUAAGCAGGAAGGAGCCACUGCAAACGCUUAAGAGUUACCGUAUGUGUGACCCGUCUGACCAGAAACUGUAUGGAAAAUCACCUCUCUUCGGACAGUAUUUUGUGCUGGAAAAUCCAGGGACCAUUAAGGUUGGAGACCCCAUUUACCUGCUGGGCCAGUAACAGGCUGACUCCCUGGGCCCAGGAUCUGUUUUGAAUUCCUAGGAAAUAACAUAGCUCCUCCACACAGAUGAUCCCAUAUGGUCUAAUUUGGCUUUCUCUUCUGAUCUAGGUUAUAAAUUUUUUCCUCUCUCGACCUCCACAGGCCCAUCCAAAGCUGCAAAAAGUAGUUCAGUCAAUCAAUCAUAUUUAUUGAGCACUGACCGUGUGCAGAGCUCAAUAGGUGCUUGGGAGAGUACAAUAUAAAAAUAUAAACAAGUUGGUAGUCAUGUUCCCUGCCCACAAUGAGCCUACAGUCUAGAGGACUCAUGUGUUGAUACUAACAAUCCUCAUUUGGUGUCUCCCUUGGAACUGGAGGUGGGCUGUGCAUGCAUGGCCAGUGUUUCCCAGGACCCCAUUGCUUCCAGUUUGGAGGAGGUAGAAUUCUCCAGAAUGUGACAGGAGGAAAGAUCCAUCUGGUCUCGUAGUCCAAAAGAACAGUCUGCCAUUUGGCCCUGGGACCCAGAAAUCGUUUGGGAUCCAGCCAACCACCCGGUUGGGAUCCCUGCUGAGCAGUUCCCUGAGGGCUGGGACAUUCUGUGACACAUGAAGUGGAAUGCCAACCACAAUGCAUACACUUUCUGAGUGAAAGACUUGCUGUAAGAAAAUUGAUGGGUGUUUUUCUGAGAAUUAACAGGCCAACCAGGAAGCUAAGUGAGGGUGAUUGAAGAGUUCAGAGAGGAUGAAAGAUAGAGCUUUGGAUAGUUUCCUAGACAAUGCUAAUGAACUGAUGCAGUAAUUCUGACACCAAAACACAUUGUGCCAAGGUUGAAGAGUUGAUUUGUGUUUGUGGUCAUAUUUUGGUAUCCAAAUCAUAUAUUAAUGAGCCACCGUCUGGCAGGAUGCACCUAAAUCCCAGAGGGCACUGUCUGAUCCAAGUAACUGUGCUUUUUGGGAUCUGUGUGAUCCUUGCCAUCGGAGCUGAUGGGUUAAAAGAGUCAUGUCAGAAGACUUAGGAUCCUGUGGGUGAGAAAGGUUGUGGUGAAGCCAUUAAUUUAGCAACUAAAGCUACUUUAGGAGGAGUCAGGAGAAGAAAAUGUCAAUGUCUUUUUUAUUAAGGUAAACUGUCCAUUAAAUGUCUAACUUUCUACGAAUUGAAUUGUAAUUCUUUGAUAUAAAGCUGGGGUAUUUGUUAGCCUGUUUGUGCCCAUGUUUUACACUUUGCUGGAUGAUUUAUAGCUAAAACUUACCUUCGUUAAAACCAAAUAAACAGAAGCAACUAAACUUGU